UAAGAUGGCGGCGGCGUUGGCGGGGAGGAGGCGGCGUUGGUGGCCGCGGACGUGCGGGCUGUCGCGGGGUGCGGGCGGGACGCGGCUCUGGCCGGGCUCGCAGGGCGGAUAGAGCGGGGCCAGCGCGGCGGAGCGGGGCCGCUAUGGGCUCCCAGGCGCUGCAGAUCCUGCGCCAGGGCGUGUGGGCGGCGCUAAGCGGUGGUUGGUACCAGGACCCGCACCAGGGCGUCGGGGUCAACGCGCUGCACCUGUAUCUGUGGCUCUUCCUGCUGGGCUUCCCCUUCACUCUCUACAUGGCCCUUCCUUCUUCAAUGGUGAUAGUAGCAGUCUACUGUCCAGUGAUAGCAGCUCUCUUCAUUGUUCUGAAAAUGGUGAACUACCGUUUGCACAGGGCAUUGGAUGAGGGAGAAAUUGUGGAGAGGAAUGCCAAUGAACAUAUGGACAGGGGUGCAAAAACUGAACAAGGAAAUACUUCAACCAGGAGAACAGACAGCAAUGGGCCCAGUGACCCCGGUGGAGGGAUUGAGAUGUCUGAGUUCAUACGAGAAGCCACUCCCCCAGUUGGCUGCAGUUCACGCAAUUCUUAUGCUGCUCUAGACCCAAACAACCAGAUUGGAUCGGGAUUAUCUCGUCUUGGAACAACAGCAACAAUCAAAGGAGAUACUGACACUGCGAAGACUUCUGAUGAUAUCAGUUUAAGUCUUGGCCGGAGUUGUAGUCUUUGUAAAGAAGGAAGUGAAGAACAAGAUUUGGCAGCUGAUCAGAAGAUUCUUCAUCUGGUCUCCAAUGACUCCUUUGUCUCCAUCCAGCCUUCGUUAUCCUCUGGCCAGGAUUUGCCAAGGGACAACAGUGAUAAAGUGUGCCUCCCUAACAACCACCACGUGGAUCAGUCUCUAUCUAGUGCAUGUGACACUGAAGUGGCUUCUCUUGUACCUUUGCAUUCCCACUCCUAUAGAAAAGAUCACAGACCACGAGGUGUGCCAAGGACCUCUAGCUCUGCUGUUGCUUUUCCAGAUGCUUCUCUAAAUGACUUCCCUCUCUAUCAACAAAGACGAGGACUAGAUCCAGUCAGUGAGUUGGAAGCUUCCAAACCCCAUUGUGGAUCCAAAGAAUCCUUAGCUGAGAACUCUUGUAUUUCAGGAGUCUUUCAGUUAGAUGACAUCCUGAAAAGUAGCAGCCCCCAGCAGCUGGCCAAGAGUGGGAAGAGCAAAUCUUUGAAAGCAGAAAAAAGUGUGGACAGUCUGAGAAGCCUGAGUGGUAGGAGUAGUGGUUCAACAGAAAGCUAUUGCAGUGGAAUUGAUCGUGACACUAACAGUACCAUCAGUAGUUACAAAAGUGAGCAGACCAGUUCAACUCAUGUAGAAAAUGUGUUGUCAGAGCAUGAGGAGUCUCCUAGAGAAGAGAGAGAGAACAGCAAGAAAAAGGACUGCUGUAUUGACUCAGAGGAUGACAGUAGCUCUGCUACGGAUAAAAGGUCUAGUAGUGAAAGAACUGCUGUAGAAAUGAGCACUAAUAGUGGUGUUCAAGAAACAAAGGAUUCUAACACAUCCGAUGAGAUACACAGUCAAAGGGGUCUUAGUGCCUCUGCUUCAGAAGAAGCCAAUAAGAACCCACAUGCCAAUGAACUGACUAUACAAGUAGACAGGCCACCUGGGAAGGCUGCUGAAACAAGAGAUGAUCAGAGUGAGAAAUUGGCUGCCUUAGUUGAUUCAAGAACUUGUAAAGAAACAGGUGGUAAACAAAAGGAAGGAGAUGUACGACCUAAAUCAUCUAGCUUAAUCCAUCGGACAGCCUCUGUUCAUAAAUCUAGCAGGAGACGGACAGGAAAAAAGCGGGCUAGCAGUUUUGACUCAAGCCGGCAUAGGGAAUACAUUUCCUUUCGAGGCGUGUCUGGAACCAAACCCCAAAGUGCUGUGUUUUGUCAUGACGAGGACUCCAGUGAUCAGAGUGACUUGAGCAGGACCUCAAGCAUGCAGUCAGCCCACCAGUUCAGCAGUGAUAGUUCUUCCAGCACCACUUCCCAUUCAUGCCAGUCUCCUGAGGGCAAGUACAAUGCUCUAAAGACCAAAUACAUUAAAGAAAGAGGAGGCGCAGACUCAAACACCUACAAAGCCCAUUUAGGCUCUGAAGGAAUUAGCAAAAAACGUUCAACACGUCGAACUUCUAGUACUAACAGUGUGAAGAGUCGUGCCAGAGUAUUAAGUCUGGACAGUGGUACUGUAGCCUGUUUAAAUAACCCAAAUAGCUUAAUGGCACCAGGUAACAUAAAACAAUUAACCACUUCAAAAUCAGAUUUGGAGGCCAAAGAGGGAGAGGUGCUAGAUGAGCUAUCUCUAUUGGGAAGGGCUUCACAUUUAGAGUCAGUCACUCGUUCUAGGAAUAGUUUACCAAGCCAGGCUAUGUUUCCUGAAAGGGAAGAGCAAGAAUCAGCAAGUGGAGCAGCACAAGCCAGCGAGGAGACUGUCAUGUUUCACCGUGAACGCAGCACAUUUAGGCGUCAGGCAGUACGGCGCCGACACAAUGCAGGGAGUAACCCCACCCCUCCCACAUUGCUCAUCGGAUCGCCCCUCAGCCUUCAAGAUGGUCAGCAAGACCAGCAAUCCACAACACAGGUCAAAGUCCAGUCCCGCCCCCCUUCCCAGGCAGCUGUGCUCAGCGCUAGCGCCUCCUUGCUGGUGAGAAAUGGGAGUGUCCACUUAGAAGCAUCACAUGACAAUGCAUCUGCUGUAGGCGGUAGCAGUUUGCACGAUGAACUUGGUAUGCAGGCCUUAUGUAACCUUGGUGACAUGGAAGUUUUAAUGCCGCAGAUUUAUGGGUGUUCUAAAGAUAGCAGGCCCCAAAAUAAUGUUUCUCUCUUUCCAUUUUACUUUCAGAGUGUUCAACCAGAUUCUUCUUCCCCUCGACAUGGUCAUAAUCGUAUCAUAGCCUAUAGUAGGCCUGUUUAUUUCUGUUUGUGUUGUGGUCUUAUAUGGUUGUUGGAUUAUGGCAGCAGAAAUACAUCUACAACAAGGUUCAGGUUGUAUGGAGUGGUUUUCACCAACCCGUUGCUGCUGCUGUCCGCCAGGGACUUAGUUAUAGUAUUUACGCUGUGUUUCCCUAUAGUAUUCUUCAUUGGUCUCCUGCCUCAGGUGAAUACCUUUGUGAUGUACCUCUGUGAACAGCUGGAUAUUCAUGUCUUCGGUGGCAACGCCACUACAAGCCUGCUUGCAGCUCUUUACAGUUUCAUCUGUAGUAUUGUGGCAGUAGCAUUAUUGUAUGGAUUGUGUUAUGGUGCCCUGAAGGAUUCUUGGGAUGGCCAGCAUAUUCCAGUCCUCUUCUCAAUAUUCUGUGGCUUGUUAGUAGCGUUAUCCUAUCAUCUCAGCAGACAAUGUAGUGACCCUUCUGUACUUUUCUCUUUAGUACAAUCAAAAAUUUUUCCUAAUUCCGAAGACAAAAACCCAGAGGAUCCUCUGUCUGAAGUCAAAGAUCCUUUACCUGAAAAACUUAGAAAUUCAGUGAAUGAACGGUUACAAUCUGACCUGAUAGUGUGCCUCGUCAUUGGUGUACUCUAUUUUGCAAUUCAUGUCAGUACAGUAUUCACAGUUUUGCAGCCUGUCCUGAGCUACAUUUUGUAUGCAUUGGUGGGCUCAGUAGGAUUUUUAACCCAUUAUGUGCUGCCUCAACUCCGAAAGCAGCUUCCUUGGCACUGUUUCUCUCACUCAUUGCUGAAAACCAAGGAAUAUUAUCAAUUUGAAGUCCGAAAUGCUGCCCAUGUAAUGUGGUUUGAGAAACUUCAUGUAUGGCUCCUCUUUGUGGAGAAGAAUGUUAUCUACCCACUGAUAGUCCUCAAUGAGCUCAGCAGCAGUGCCAAGAACAUUGCUAGUCCAAAGAAACUGGACACAGAGAUUGGCGCUUUAAUGAUCACUAUAGCUGGUUUGAAGUUGUUGCGUUCCUCUUUCAGCAACCCAACCUGCCAGUAUGUCACUGUUAUUUUCACAGUGCUCUUCUUUACAUUUGACUACAAAAGUUUUUCUGAGACCAUGCUGCUAGACCUCUUCUUCAUGUCCAUACUCUUCAGCAAGCUUUGGGAACUCUUUUAUAAAUUGAGAUUUGUGUAUACUUAUAUUGCUCCUUGGCAGAUCACGUGGGGCUCUGCUUUCCAUGCUUUUGCCCAGCCCUUUGCUGUGCCACAUUCUGCAAUGUUGUUUGUCCAAGCGGCUAUAUCGGCUUUCUUCUCCACCCCACUGAACCCCUUUCUGGGAAGUGCAAUAUUCAUCACUUCAUAUGUCAGACCUGUCAAAUUCUGGGAAAGAGACUACAACACAAAGCGUGUGGACCAUUCAAACACAAGACUCGCUUCCCAGCUUGAUAGAAAUCCAGGUUCAGAUGAUAACAACCUGAAUUCAAUCUUCUAUGAGCAUUUAACCCGUUCCCUUCAGCACAGCCUGUGUGGAGACCUGUUGCUGGGGCGGUGGGGGAACUACAGUACUGGGGACUGCUUCAUCCUAGCUUCUGACUACCUCAAUGCACUAGUACACCUUAUAGAGAUAGGAAAUGGUCUUGUCACCUUCCAGCUGAGGGGGCUUGAAUUCAGAGGCACUUACUGUCAGCAACGAGAAGUAGAGGCCAUCACCGAGGGGGUAGAGGAAGAUGAAGGGUUUUGUUGCUGUGAACCUGGCCACAUCCCACAUAUGCUUUCGUUCAAUGCUACCUUUGGUCAACGCUGGCUGGCAUGGGAAGUGCUUGUGACAAAGUAUGUUCUGGAAGGCUACAGCAUCACCGACAACAGUGCCGCAUCCAUGCUUCAAGUCUUCGAUCUUCGGAAAAUUCUCACCACUUAUUAUGUAAAGGGCAUUAUCUAUUAUGUCACAACGUCCCCCAAGCUGGAGGAAUGGUUAGCUAAUGAGACAAUGCAGGAAGGAUUACAGCCAUGUGCAGACUGCAACUAUGUUGAUGUGGACCCUACAUUUAAUCCAAAUAUUGAUGAGGAUUAUGACCAUCAUCUAGCAGGGGUCUCCAGAGAAAGUUUCUGUAUGACUUACCUCAACUGGAUAGAGUACUGCUGCUCCCGAAGAGAAAAGCCGCUGGAUGCAGAUAAAGACUCCUCCUUGGUGACUCUUUGUUACGGACUCUGUGUUCUGGGGCGGAGAGCUUUGGGGACUGCUUCCCAUCAUAUGUCUAGUAAUUUGGAAUCUUUCCUGUAUGGGCUGCAUGCCCUGUUUAAGGGCGACUUCCGUAUCUCUUCAAUCCGAGAUGAAUGGAUCUUUGCUGACAUGGAAUUGCUGAGGAAAGUGGUGGUUCCUGGAAUACGCAUGUCACUCAAACUACAUCAGGAUCACUUCACUUCCCCAGAUGAAUACGAUGACCCUACUGUCCUCUACGAAGCCAUUGUGUCCCAUGAGCAAAACCUGGUUAUAGCACAUGAAGGGGACCCUGCCUGGAGGAGUGCUGUCCUUUCCAACUCUCCCUCCCUGCUUGCCCUCCGCCAUGUGAUGGAUGAUGGUACCAAUGAAUAUAAAAUCAUCAUGCUGAACAAGCGGUAUCUCAGUUUCAGAGUAAUCAAGGUAAAUAAGGAGUGUGUGCGUGGCCUCUGGGCUGGGCAGCAGCAGGAACUUGUCUUCCUGCGUAACCGUAACCCAGAAAGAGGGAGCAUCCAAAAUGCAAAGCAGGCUUUGAGGAAUAUGAUCAAUUCUUCUUGUGACCAGCCCAUUGGAUACCCCAUCUACGUCUCACCUUUGACUACUUCCUAUUCAGAUAGCCAUGAUCAGCUCAAGGAGUUUCUUGGGGGAGCUAUCAGUUUGGGAAAUAUCAGAAACUUCAUAGUGUCCACAUGGCACAGAUUAAGGAAAGGUUGUGGUGCUGGCUGCAACAGUGGUGGAAAUAUUGAAGAUUCAGAUGCUGGAGGUGGGGCUCCCUGCACAAGUAACAGUGCAGCUGCCAAUGAGUCGCAAAGCAGCAUGUCACAAGCAGGCGGGAAUUUAAUUACAGGGCAGGGCCCUGGAGUGGGACUCCAUCCUCCUGUCACAUCUCACCCCUCAACAUUAGGCACCAGUCACAGCUCCCACUCUGUGCAGUCAAGCCUUGUCAGACAUUCCCCUGCCCGUGCCUCAGUAGCCAGCCAUUCAUCUUAUUGCUACAGCAGUCGCCAUUCAUCACUUCGCACGUCCACUACAGGCUUUGUGCCUUGCCGACGCUCUUCCACCAGUCAGAUAUCCCUUCGUAACCUCCCAUCCUCCAUCCAGUCCCGCCUAUCCAUGGUGAACCAAAUGGAACCCACUAGCCAGACUGGCGUUGUCAUCGUGCAGCAUGGCCUACCCUCUUCCAGCAGCUCCAGCCAAAGCAUCCCAGCCUGUAAACAACAUGCCCUUGUGGGCUUUCUAGGAACAGAAGGCGGGAAUAACAUAACUGAUGCACAGUCAGGUGGUAAUGCAAGCCCUGCAAACCAUAUGCAAGCCAAAAGGGAUGAAGUUAUUUACAGAAUCCAGAUAAUGGAUCCCAGCCAAGUACUGGAAGGGAUCAACAUGUCUAAAAGGAAGGAGCUGCAGUGGCCAGAUGAGGUGAUACGGCUAAAAGCUGGAAGAAAUAGCUGGAAAGACUGGAGUCCUCAGGAAGGCAUGGAAGGCCAUGUGAUUCACCGCUGGGUGCCUUGCAGCAGAGAUCCAGGGAGUAGAUCCCACAUAGAUAAAACCAUCCUGCUGGUCCAGAUUGAAGACAAAUAUGUUGCUGUGGUUGAAACUGGAGUCCUAGAACUUGGGGCUGAAGUGUGAGCCACACUGCUAAUUAAACUUCCCCUCCUCCAAGGAUUCAGAAGAGAGGAGGGGUCAGGAGAGGAUGCUCCCCGGGCAUGAAACUUUAGUCCAGCUAUAGAGCAGGACUUGAAAACGGGGCUUGUAGAAGGCCCUUCCCCAAAAUAAAGAAGUGUAAGAGCUGGGGGGUUUUAAGUUGUUAGCUGCUGAGGAAACAUUUGCAUGAAGGGUAAAGAUUUGUUGAGACAUCAUUUUUGUUUUGAAACUUGUUUUAUGCAUUGUGUAUUGCUUUAAAUCAACAAACUUCAGUUCUAAAAUAGGAGCGCCUCAUAUUUUUCUAUUGCUUUGCCAAAAAUUGCCAUGUUUUGUCACAGAGGAUGUGGCGUCCAUUUACCUUAUUUGAAGAAAGUGACUAGCAUACAAAGCUUUGGUUCAGCGAAAAGCUGUAUAGAGGUUUUAUGUAUGGCGAGAGACUGAACAGACAUAUAGAUUAUCUUCUUCCUUGUGAGCUAAAAUCUUUAAUGAGAGAACUGCACUAAUUUUUUACAGCGAUGCACUAAAAUAUCUGAGAUUGCUCAGAACAUUUAUUUAUAUAUAAAUAAAAUAUCAUUAUUUAAAUUGCCUUUGGGAUUAACCCCCUCCCUCUCCAUAUACAUGUUGACGGUAAAAGCUGUGCCAGGGAUUCUGUUUGGUUCAAUAGUCUGUAUUUCAUAUCAGUGCAUUGCAUCCUUUUCAGAAUAAAUGGCAGAAUACCAAAUAUCUAGUAAUGUACCUGAAUAUCCCCAUAACUAUAUCAAAGGCUGUUUUGGUUGCGGUGCAUCAAUCAUCUGUACAACAUAUUCAGCUUUAAAGUGGGUCCCAAUGCACUAAUUUGCAUCCUUUGUCUCCCUUAGAUAGUCCUGACUUCUCUGCUCCUUUACUCCUGGAGCUAACUCAGUUAUACUGACGGCUCUUCUCUGGAAAAGGCACUUGAUUUUUGAGGGAGGUAGAGGUGAAUCUUAGUCCAUGAUCCAGGUCUAUUUUCUGCAACCUUGAAGGUUUUCAGAUUCAAUCCAGUUAAACAACUGAGGUUUGGUUGGGUUUUUUUUUUUUUUUUUUUUUUUAAAGGAAUUAUAGAGGAGGCACAGCCCUAAACUGUUGUAUCAUUUUUACCAUCUCACCUUUCCUUUCCCUCUAGUCUUCAUUCUUUUCUAUGACUUGAAUUUUAUUUUCAAUGAUUAUAUAUUCUAUGUAACUGUAAUUUGAGUAUUUAUAACUGUGAAGUUCAAUUAUUCAUGUGUUACAUAUCCUAGGUUUUAUUGUGUUUUUUAAAAUGUGUUAUUCAGGGAAACAAGUAACUCAAAUUUACCAUGGAGGUGUGAGGAGAAAACUUCAGUUUAGAAUUAAGUUGCAGCUCCUCUGACUUGAUUCUCUGAAUCCAUGAGAAAAAUGUACAUGUUGUGAUUGUUUCCUAUCUCUGAUCUGGAAUUAUGCUCAGUUCUGCAGAGAACUUUACACAGUCCUAGCUUUUGAGAGCAGCCAUCUUCUCUCCCCCAUCAUUACCUCUUCUUCCUAGGUAGUACAACUGGGGGAGACUUUUAGCAGAUUGCAGGGGAUGUGUUGCAAUUAUUUCUCUGUCAGCACUGAAAUCUAGUCCAUUAUAUACUUAUGUAAGAGUAAAUAUACAAGGGGUAAGGAAAAUGUAGGAAGCAAAUGCCUACUGCAAAGCAGUGUUGAUAUUCUGACUCAAGUUACUAUAUGCUUUUAGCUAUGAAAAAGUAGUCUUUUCUAUGCCUAGUGUCUGGUCAGUUAUGAAUCCUAUUCCUAGUGCACUGUUGUAGGGCUUUGCUUAUGUUGUAUACUAUGCAAAGCUUGUACACUUGAUGUACUGUGCAUUUUACAAUUGCGUAUUACUGUACAGUUUAUACAUAUGCAGUAUUUAAUCUUUGCAUAAAUGCACAGUUCAGAAUCUACCACCUUAGAAAUCAUUUUUCUGUUCCAAACACCUUCCCAAACGUGCACAUGAUAGUGUGGUUACAUUUAUCUCCUAGUUAUCUGAAAACAGUGAAGUAGCUGACUUCAUUGGCAGUUUUGUAGCUUUGCUGUCAUGAGUGAAGAAAAUUUCUGUUUGAGUUGAACACAUUUUUAAUGAAGGUUUGUACUUUUAUGCCCUGUCUCUGCUGACAAUUACAAGAUCGAUUUCCUUGAUCAGCUGGAAUAUUGUUUCACAAAGACGAACGAAUGAGCAUCCUCUCUGGGGAUUUUGGUGUUCAUACAAGGGUUCUUUACUGUUCUGAUGCCUUGAGAGAAUCAGAUGCUUAAAAAGCAAAGUAAAUACAUACAGCCCAUUAUAAAAAAUCACAACUUGGAUGAAGCACCUCUUCAAAUAUGGUUUUUAUGUGCAAUCUCUGUUACUCUCUCUUGGGCAAGAAACAAGUCCAUUCCUAAUAAUAUGCUUUGAGGCUAUAUAAAAAUACUACAGUAACACUUUAUUAUUCAAAGUUAAAUUAAAAGGUAAAGUUUAGAAGAACCAAGGCAUGUCUUAAACAGUAAAUAUGACUUGUGGAUCUCUAUUUUUAAUCUUAAAGUUUCCAAUCUGUUGACAUUUGAACACCGAUUGCAACGUUGUUAGUUAACAGGUUAAUAGCUUCUGCUGAAAGCGUUAUUAGUAAGUCUGUGUGAUGUCAUUCAGAUAGUUGUAUUUCACCAACACCAAAACUGCUUGUAAAUCCUAAUAAUUUACUAUUAACUGUUUUCAGAUAUGCUCACUAAAAAUCAGCUAAUUGCAAUUUUAUCCUUCCAUACGGCUUUUAAAAAUUCUUUCACCUUACAAUAUUCCAGUUACUUGGUUAUAAAGUCCUUAAAUUAUCUCAAUUAUUUUAUAUUGGAUUGUCUAUUAAUUUGUAUAAAAUUAGUGGGCUCUUGAUUUCAUGAUGGACAAAACUCUACCCAAAUUCUUCUGACUCCAAAUAUGUUAGGUCAGCAUGUGCUCCAGCAAGAUUUAUUUUAAAUUGAUUGCUAUGCUUUCAUUUUUGUGGUGGUGUAAUCGUUAGGAGUUAAUACUGAGGCAUAAGAAUCUUUUAUUUUUGAGGGGCAGUGGAAGCACUGAAUAUUCUCACAUUGUUGUCCUACCAGACUAGAGUGUCAUGGCUGUAGAAUAGAGUUCUUAAACUUUCUCAGUCCAACAUGGAAACUUCAGCCUUGUAGAAAGGUGGUGGCAGGGUUUCACUCCUAUCCUCUGGCAGCAUUGUGUGUUGCUGGUAUUUUGCUGUAUUAACAUUCCAGUUAAGACUAGCUUUGUAGUGUCCUGGAAUAUGGAUCCACAUCUACUUUGUUUCUGUAAGUAGAUUUCUCUAAAGGUGGUAUCUGUAGAUAAAUACAUUAAGGGCUUAUUGCUGAGCUAAAAUGAAUAUUUAAGUACAGAAAUACACUGACUGUCUGUACUAAGCAAAUUGCAGGGGCAUUCAGCAGCAAAACACAAUUAAAGUUAACUUAAAUUCUUGAAUUCCUCCUCUCCCACACUAGCUACCUGUGAAAUCUUUUGAUACUUCCUGGUUUUGCUAAUGACAUCCCAGAAUGCAUAUGACCACCACUGAUACCUGAAUUUCUACGCAACUCAUGGUAUCUGUGAUGUCAUGGCGUGAUGGAUUAAUUCUGGGAUCUCUCUUGCAAACCAGGAAGUGACAGAGGAUUUCACAAUGGGGCUGGGGGAGGAAGGAUUUUAAAAAAGGUAAGUAGUUGAAUGGCCCUAUAUCCUGUUUAGUGGGGCACUUGGCACAUUUCUGACCUUGACUCAAUUUUCAUAUUAGCUCUUGGCAGUUCAUCUCCAGUCCUUCCUCUACCCCAUUCUGCUUUCUGUGAGAUGGUGAUCUUUUAGGGCAGACCCUAGGUGAAUAAUUAACUGAAAAUUCAGAAUAGAUAUGCUGUGGUAUUAGUGCCUUUGGCAGUUUGUGGCAGAUGCCCUAAAAGUUUUGCCUUGGGUAAUAAUAUCCAACUGUGAAUCACUUCACUGAUACCACAUCCAAGAGACUAAAUGACCCAGUGGUAUAGAUACAUAACUUAUACUUUUUGAAGACCUUUAUUAAUAGAGAAUGGACUCUCCCUCCACAAACUGGAGUAGAACAACUUGGAUUUCUUAUAAUGAAUAAUCAUUCAAAAUAUAUAAGUAACUCAUAUUGGAUAUCUGGUUAAACCACCAGGUUUUAUGUAGCUAAUUUUAUUAAGGGGAUUUUAUACCUAUUAUAUAGGCUUUAACUCUUCUUGUUGUCUGGCAUUACUCAGUACAUGAUAGCCUGAUGUUCACUCAGUGAAGCUAGACAGUGUAAGAAAUUAGUUGUAUUUAUGUGCCUUAAUAAAAGAAUGAUUACAUAACACCUUGGUGGGAACUACAGUACAUUACUUGUUUCACCUCAGUGUUGUAUACGUAUAUUUCCAAGAAAAAUGAUUUAAGAUGGCUGCUCCAAAAGACUUCAGGAGUAUAUGUACAUCACUCAGUCACAAACGUUUGAAUACAAGCAAUCUAAUAAUUUUGGGUGUACAGUUUGAAUAUAUAACCUCUGGUAAAUUCAAUCAUCCCAUGACUUUAAUAGACAGACGACAUAGAGCUGAAUGUUAACUUGUUCCAUAAGGACCCUAAGUAGGCCUGACAAUGAGCUGCUGAUUAGAAAAUUGAGGGAGGAGGGGAAUAAAACAUAGAUGGGGAGAGUGGGUUGAGUUUUGAAUGGGCUAUGAAAAAUACACAUUGCCUCUACCAGCAUAUGGAUAUCUUGCCAGGGAUAGGGAUACAUGUACUUGCGUGUGUCUGUAAGCGUGUAUGUGUCUGCGUGUGUGUUAUUGAAAACCGCCUGUAAAUAUUGUAGUUGUUUAAAAUGGAAAAAGCAGAGAUUUUUUUGCAACGUGUUGUAUCAAAAAGGACAGUAUUGACAGUGAAGAAACACUGAGAAAUAAAAUUUUCUUUUUUCAUUUG